AUGACUGUCGAUCUAGAAUGUGGUGCUCUCAUCGUCGCUUGCAAAAAUGGUUCACGCCUUAGACAUGACCCUUUUUGGAAUAGUGGCCAGCUCCUCAGCGACUCUGUCGCUGAACAUAUUGGUGCAUUCUCUCUGGCCAACAUCUGCGCAAAGCUCGAAUACUUCAAUGCUGGUGGGUCCGUCAAGGACCGGAUAGCGAGACGCAUGGUCGAGCAAGCCGAACGAGAUGGGAAAAUCAAGCCCGGCGACACCUUGAUUGAAGCCUCGAGUGGAAACAACGGGAUAGCCAUCGCCCUCAUGGCAGCCGUUAAGGGCUACAAAUGCAUAAUCACAUUCUCGGAGAAGAUGUCCUUCGAGAAGGAACAGAUUCUUUUGGCUCACAGUGUCAGAGUGGUCCGAACACCCGCAGGACGCUUGAACGAAGAGAUUCCUGACUCUUGGAUCUUGGAUCAAUACAACAACCCGGAGAACCCCGCCACUGAUGAGUUCGGACCCGCAGAGAAGAUAUAUACAGUCACCGUUGUCGCCAAGGGAUUGAGGAAGAGGAACCCCGAUAGCGAGUUCCUUGUCGAGGGGAUUGAAUAUGACCUUGUCCCUGGAGUGCUUGACCAGGCAGCGCCAAGUUUAUGGGUCAGGACUACCGAUGAGGCUUCCUUCAAUUGUGCCAGGGAGUUGGUGAGUAAGGAGGGGCUACUUCGCGGCGGAUCGUCGCGGGCGGCCUUUGCAGGGUUGAUCGAGUUUCUCAAGCUGCGUCCGGAAUUCAACCUUUAAAGACAAGAGGGUUGUGUUGAUUCUGGCAGAUAGUCUCCGGAACUAUCUUAUCAAGUUCGCAAAUGACGCAUGGAUGGAGAGCCAUGGUAAUUUCGCCGAUUCUAUCGAGAGCCGGCCGAUACCCGCCACUGAGUAGCCGAGAACCAAGUAGCGUCUAGAAUAACAAAAGCAAGAGUAACUGAGAAUAGAUCUAGUGACCACAUCCAGGGCAAGGUGGAUAAUGAGUGUAGUUAUGAGGCGGGAAG